GUUUUUUGUGAUCGUAUAGGCUUCGAUAUAUCAAAAUAUAUUAAAUAAUAAUUUCAUAAGUUGAGAUAAUCGUCAUUUCUUUUCGAAUAUUCUUUUUUAAUACAUCCAGAGACGAAGGAGUGUUAUUGGAUACCCUUGAUUUAAGAUGGCCCCAUAAUAAGAAGAAAUCUAUUGGUAAUAAGUCGCGGCUUUGUGUCGGCUAGUUUAUAUCUCCGCGUCUGUAUAUCAAUUUUUCAAAUGAUAAGUACAAGAUUAAACAAAGAUAGGUUAAGACUGCCAUAUUGCUUUAUAGCUAAAGUCACCUUAAGUUCUUCGGUUGGUCCCCAGUCUUCCUAAUCCUCAGAAUGCGCACAAACUGGUAGAAAAUACACAUUUGAUGAUUUACGCAAAAAAUCAGAAAACUUAGCUUUUACUCUUCAAAAUAAUUUGAAACUUCAACGUGGUGACACAGUUGCGUUAUUAUUACCGAAUGUCCCAGAGUACCCAAUAUGUAUUUAUGGUAUGAUUUUAAGUGGUUUACGAAUGACCACUAUAAACCCUACUUAUACGGCUGAGGAGAUUGCGCGUCAAUUAGAAGAUUCAGAAUCUAAAGUAAUUAUAACGUUAAAUGAUUAUUACAAAACCUGUAUACAAGCUAUUGAUUUGAUUAAAAAACGGUUGGAUGUGUUUAUAAUAAAAACUUCAAAUGGAGAAUCAAUUCCUGAUAAGACUAUAGAUUUUCAUGAUUUCAUUAAUUGUAAGAAUGAGUUUAAAGAACCUAAUUUAAAGAAUGAAGAUGUUGUUUUUCUUCCGUACUCAAGUGGAACUACAGGUUUACCAAAAGGAGUUAUGAUUACAGCAAAGAAUUUAAUGUCAGUUAUGUCCCAAGUAGAUACAAAUGAUGUUAGAUUUUAUGUACCAACAACGGAAACUCAUCAAGAUGUUAUUCCACAAAUAUUACCAAUGUUUCACAUAUACGGAUACGCUAUAUGUACGAUUUCUACGUUACAAAGCGGAGUUAAACUAGUUACAAUUCCAAAAUUUGCUUCGGAAUUUUAUCUUGAAUGUUUAGAUAAGCAUAAACCAACGAUAUUAGGGCUUGUUCCACCUUUAGUGUUGUUUCUACAUUCUCAUCCAGCGGUAAAACCAAAACAUUUCGACAAGUUGCGUAUUAUAACAAGUGGAGCCGCUCCUUUAGGAAAAUCGGAUGAGGAUAAAUUUAGAGAAAAAGUUGGAAAACCGGUUAAUAUUAUGCAAGGUUACGGAUUAACUGAAACAUCAGGACUUGCGUUGAGUACACCAUCAUCAAAAGAAGGAAAAUAUCCAGGAACAAUGGGACAUCCAAUUCCAAAUUGUACCGUUAAAGUUGUAAAUCCCGAAGAUAAAACUUUGAAACAUUUAAAUCCUAACGAAGUAGGAGAACUAUUGAUAAAAGGACCACAAGUUAUGAAAAGUUAUCAUAAACGACCAGAAGAAAACAAAAACAGUUUCGUAAACGGUUGGUUUCGAACAGGUGAUUUGGUUCGUUACGACGAAAAUAAAAUGUUUUAUAUCGUUGAUCGCAUAAAAGAACUUAUUAAAGUUAAAGGAUUACAAGUAGCCCCCGCUGAAUUAGAGGAGGUUAUAAGAGGUUUUCCGGAUGUUGCUGAAGCAGGAGUUAUUGGAAUUCCUCACAAAUUUUCCGGCGAAGUCCCGAGAGCUUAUGUUGUUCCAAAAGUUGGUCGGAAAAUUAAUUUGAUUGAAUUAGAAGAGUAUGUUCGAAAAAAAGUUGCUCCCCAUAAAAAAUUAGCUGGGGGUAUUGCUGUAAUUGAUAGUAUUCCAAAAACUGCUUCUGGAAAGAUAUUGAAAAAACAAUUAGUGUUAAGAUACCAAAAAGAACAAAAAUAAAACUAAUUCCUUUAAUUAU